AUUUAUUUUAAAAAAAUCUUAUUUUUGAAUUCAUUUUUGGAUUGCAAUAACUCUUAGGGAUAAAAUAUUCUUCGUCUAAGUCCGGAUAAUUUUAUUCGAAAUUUUGCGGGCCAUCAAUAUCAUUAUUAGUUAUGGCGCAACCGGCCAGAACUCGCGAAGAAAUCGAACAACAAGUGUUGGAAAUUCAAGCAAAAAAUGCGGCUGCAGCCGCAGCAAAUGGUGAAAAUGAAGAAGGUCGAAUAUCAUUGUCUAAGGCCAACAUGGAUACUGAUAUAUAUGGUGGAACAAAUCUUAGCAGUUAUCACACAUCUAUACCGGCUAAUGAUGAUGCCGAAUAUGAUGAUGAAGAUACGGAGAACGCAAAUGGCUCUGCAGAUAAUGAUGAGUAUGAUGUUUAUAAAAAAGCGAUCAAUGCAUUUCAGGCCCCGAAAAAUUAUCUACAAGAUGUUGUCGAUGAUAAUCAUGAUCCAUUAGCCGAUAGACGCGUACCACGAGUUGCUGAUCGUGAAGAUGAAUAUAGGCGUCGAUUUCGUAAUCGCCAGCUAUCACCUGAACGCAUAGACGUUUUCGCCGAAGGUGGUAAAACUCCUGAUCCAAGUGCUCGUACAUACAAAACGAUUAUUAAAGAAACGGCUUUGAGUAAUGAAGAAGCUGAAUUGAAAAAGAAAUUAUUGGAAAAAGCUAAAGCUGGUGAAUUAAAACCUACGACAACAUCGAAUGAAUCGUCUACAUUAUCAUCUAGUAAUAAUAAACGUAGACGUUGGGAUCAACCAUCAGUAGAUUCGGGUGUUGGUUCGGCAACAGACAGUUGUAGUGAAUUUUCUGAACCAACAGCAAAAAAAUCAGCAUGGGAUUAUCAUGAAGCUGCUACACCAGCUAUACCUGGUCGUUGGGAUCAAACACCGGCGCAUGGAGCAGAUGAUUCGAAAACAUCCUCUCAAUGGGAACCGACGCCGGUUCAUAUUGGUACCAGCGGUGCUCAAACACCAAGCAUAGAUUCGAUAAACAAGUCCUCACGACGUAAUCGUUGGGAUGAAACGCCAAAAACGGAACGUAUGGAAUCUGGAUAUUCCAGUUGGGCUGAAACGCCUAAAAUCGAUCGAAUUGAAACGGAUGAAGGAAUCACCAUGGGUGGUGAAACUCCCGGAUCAUCAAAACGUCGAUCACGAUGGGAUGAGACACCUUCAUUGAUGACGCCAUCUACACCGAUGAUGACACCAUCGGGAACCACACCUAUAGGUACAAAAGCUAUGGGAUUGGCGACACCAACUCCUAGCCACAUGGUAGCUAUGACACCAGAACAAAUGCAAGCUUUUCGUUGGGAACGUGAAAUUGAUGAACGAAAUCGAAUCCUUACAGAUGAAGAGUUGGACGCUCUUCUACCACCUGGUUAUAAAAUCUUACCGCCACCUUCAGGUUAUCAACCGAUCCGUACACCAGCACGGAAAUUGAUGGCCACUCCAACACCCAUGGUUGGUGGGUUUUUCAUGCAAAAAGCCGAUGAAUUGGGCUCAGCAGCUGGUUCAAAAAUGAUGAUGGAUCUUGAGCCAAAAGGACAAAAUCUACCAACGCUUAAACCAGAUGAUUUGCAAUAUUUCGAUAAACUUCUCACAGAAGUUGAUGAAGAAACAUUGAGUCCUGAUGAACAAAAAGAACGAAAAAUCAUGAAACUAUUGUUGAAAAUUAAGAAUGGAACACCACCAAUGCGAAAAUCUGCCCUACGACAAAUCACCGAUAAAGCUCGUGAAUUUGGUGCAGGAUCAUUGUUUAAUCAGAUUCUACCACUAUUAAUGUCACCUACGUUGGAAGAUCAGGAAAGACAUUUAUUAGUCAAAGUUAUCGAUCGCAUUCUGUACAAGCUUGACGAUUUGGUUCGUCCUUAUGUUCAUAAGAUUCUUGUUGUCAUUGAACCUUUAUUGAUUGAUGAAGAUUAUUAUGCUCGUGUGGAAGGUCGUGAAAUCAUAUCGAAUCUAGCAAAAGCUGCUGGUUUAGCAACAAUGAUAUCAACUAUGCGUCCCGAUAUUGAAAAUGUUGAUGAAUACGUCCGUAACACUACGGCCAGAGCGUUUGCAGUUGUUGCAUCUGCAUUAGGCAUUCCAUCAUUGUUGCCAUUUUUAAAAGCUGUUUGUAGGAGUAAAAAAUCCUGGCAAGCUCGUCAUACUGGUAUUAAAAUUGUUCAACAAAUUGCAAUUCUUAUGGGCUGUGCCAUACUACCACAUCUCCGUAAUUUGGUUGAAAUUAUUGAACAUGGUUUGGUUGAUGAACAGCAAAAAGUUCGUACGAUCACGGCAUUAGCGUUGGCUGCGUUGGCUGAAGCUGCAACGCCUUAUGGUAUCGAAUCAUUCGAUUCAGUUCUUAAACCAUUAUGGAAAGGUAUCCGUACACAUCGUGGUAAAGGUUUGGCUGCCUUCUUGAAAGCUAUCGGCUAUCUAAUACCGUUGAUGGAUGCUGAAUAUGCUAAUUAUUACACACGUGAGGUAAUGUUCAUAUUGAUUCGUGAAUUUCAAUCACCUGAUGAAGAAAUGAAAAAAAUUGUACUCAAAGUUGUUAAACAAUGUUGCGGAACCGAUGGUGUUGAGCCAAAAUAUAUCAAAGAAGAGGUCUUGCCACAUUUUUUUCGACAUUUUUGGAAUCAUCGUAUGGCAUUGGAUAAACGUAAUUAUCGACAGUUGGUUGAUACAACAGUAGAAAUUGCUAACAAAGUUGAAGCGGCUGAAAUCAUUACUCGGAUUGUUGAUGACCUAAAAGACGAGAAUGAAGCCUAUCGUAAGAUGGUUAUGGAAACUAUUGAAAAAAUCAUGUCGAAUCUUGGCGCAUCCCAGAUUGAUUCUCGUCUUGAAGAACAAUUGAUCGAUGGUAUUCUUUAUUCAUUCCAAGAACAGACUACUGAAGAUAUGGUCAUGUUAAAUGGUUUUGGUACGGUUGUAAAUACCUUGGGCAAACGUGUAAAACCCUAUCUUCCACAGAUUUGUGGCACGAUUCUAUGGCGUUUGAAUAAUAAAUCGGCCAAGGUUCGACAACAGGCUGCCGAUCUAAUAUCGAAAAUUGCUGUUGUAAUGAAAGUUUGUCAAGAGGAAAAACUAAUGAGCCAUAUGGGUGUUGUACUUUAUGAAUAUCUGGGCGAAGAAUAUCCCGAAGUAUUGGGCUCGAUUCUGGGUGCAUUAAAAGCUAUUGUCAAUGUUAUAGGAAUGGAAAAGAUGACACCACCAAUCAAAGAUUUAUUACCGCGAUUAACUCCUAUUCUUAAAAAUCGUCAUGAGAAAGUACAGGAAAAUUGUAUUGAUCUUGUUGGUCGUAUCGCUGAUCGUGGAGCAGAAUAUGUAUCGGCUCGUGAAUGGAUGCGUAUUUGUUUCGAACUACUCGAAUUACUCAAAGCUCAUAAAAAAGCGAUUCGUCGAGCUGCGGUAAAUACAUUCGGUUACAUUGCCAAGGCUAUCGGUCCUCAUGAUGUUCUUGCAACAUUAUUAAAUAAUUUACGAGUUCAAGAACGACAAAAUCGUGUAUGCACAACCGUAGCCAUAGCCAUAGUAGCUGAAACAUGUUCUCCUUUCACUGUUCUUCCUGCAUUAAUGAAUGAAUAUCGUGUACCGGAAUUGAACGUACAAAAUGGUGUACUUAAAUCAUUAUCAUUUUUGUUCGAAUACAUUGGUGAAAUGGCCAAAGAUUAUAUUUAUGCUGUGACAUCUUUGCUAGAAGAUGCUCUAAUGGAUCGCGAUUUAGUUCAUCGUCAAACGGCCUGUUCCGUUGUUCAACAUAUGGCACUUGGCGUAUAUGGAUUCGGUUGUGAAGAUGCUCUCACACAUCUGCUAAAUUAUGUUUGGCCAAAUAUUUUUGAAACAUCACCUCAUUUAGUUCAGGCAUUCAUGGGAGCUAUCGAAGGUCUUCGUGUUGCUAUCGGACCUAAUAAAAUGUUGCAAUAUACAUUGCAGGGCCUAUUUCAUCCAGCCAGAAAAGUUCGUGAUGUUUAUUGGAAAGUAUACAAUACGCUGUAUAUUGGUGCACAGGAUUCGCUUAUUGCUGGCUAUCCACGCAUACCAAACGAUUCAACAAAUAAUUUUAUUCGUUAUGAGCUCGAUUAUACUUUAUAAUCUUAUUAUUAUCAUUCAUCAAUUGAAUCUGAUCAUCAUCCUGAACCAUCAUCAUUAAUCAUCACAAUUUCUCAUCAUCGGCAUCAUCUUCGUUAUUUUUUCAUAAUGCAAAAAA